AUGAAUAAGAUAUUAAAAGUAAAAAAUUACAUUUGCAACAAUGUUUUCUUUAAAAAUGUACUUUUCUCAAACAUGAAGGUAAGGCAGACCGUGCCUUCUUCAGAAGAAUUGUUUGGUAAAAAUGGAAAUUUUAUUUUAUUCAAUUUGAAUUGUUCAAAAAAAAAAUACACAAUGGAAAAUGAUUAUUUUUCAAUACUUUUAAAUGAAAGCAUUUUAAUUCAUAAUAAAGAGGUUUUAAGCGAACAUUUUUCAAAUGGAAAGAACACGAAGCAAAUGCUACGCUUUUGGAAUAGAAGUCCAGGUGCAAGAUACCCAAAAAAGGCAAACAACGGAGCACGUCCAGACUGUCGUUCGAUCAGAAAAAUUAGGAAGAGAUUAAAAACAGGAAAGUAA